CAAACAGUGAUUGACACCUUCAGUGAAGCUCCUCCUACAUCAAUCCACCAAUAAAUACCAGAAACCAACAAGCAGAAGAAUCACUUCAGGUGUAAGAACUGAAAUCUUCACACUGUUGUUAGUGUUACUGGAAGAGAAGCUUGAGAACACGAGAGAUCCAGAACUACACAGAACACAAACUGAGGGACUGAAGAACACAGAGAUAUAAUGGAAGUGAAUAAGGUCAGUCAAGAUGAAGUAAAAGAUGCUGAAGAAAAACAUUAUGAUCUGGAAGGACCUCUGAGAAUUGGCGACAAAAAGCAACACAUGAGAACUCACACCGGAGAGAAACCUCACGCAUGUCUACAGUGUGGAAAGACUUUUACACAAAAAGGAAACCUUCAGUCACACAUGAGAAUUCACACCGGAGAGAAACCUCACGCAUGUCUUCUGUGUGGAAAGACUUUUACACAAAAAGGAAACCUCAAGAUUCACAUGAGAACUCACGCCGGAGAGAAACCUCACGCAUGUCUACAGUGUGGAAAGACUUUUACACAUACAGGAAGCCUUCAGUCACACAUGAGAAUUCACACCGGAGAGAAACCUCACGUAUGUCUGCAGUGUGGAAAGACUUUUACAAAUACAGGAAGCCUUAAAAUUCACAUGAGAAUUCACACUGGAGAGAAACCUCACGCAUGUCUACAGUGUGGAAAGACUUUUAUACAUACGGGAAAACUUAAAACACACAUGAGAAUUCAUACCGGAGAGAAACCUCACACAUGCUUACAGUGUGGAAAGAGUUUUACAAAUACAGGAAGCCUUAAGAUUCACAUGAGAAUUCACACCGGAGAGAAACCUCACGCAUGUCUACAGUGUGGAAAAACUUUUUCACAAAUAGGACACCUUAAGCUACACAUGAGAAUUCACACCGGAGAGAAACCUCACGCAUGUCUACAGUGUGGAAAGACUUUUACAAAUACAACUGUCCUUAAGAUGCACAUGAGAAUUCACACCGGAGAGAAACCUCACGCAUGUCUACAGUGUGGAAAGACUUUUACAAAUACAACUGUCCUUAAGAUGCACAUGAGAAUUCACACCGGAGAGAAACCUCACGCAUGUCUACAGUGUGGAAAGACUUUUACACAAACACAAAGCCUUAAGAUUCACACGAGAAUUCACACUGGAGAGAAACCUCACACAUGUCUAAAGUGUGGAAAGAGUUUUACACAAACAGGAAACCUUCAGUCACACAUGAGAAUUCACACCGGAGAGAAACCUCACGCAUGUCUACAGUGUGGAAAGAGUUUUACAGAUACGAGGAACCUUCAAUUACACAUGAGAAUUCACACUGGAGAGAAACCUCACGCAUGUCUACAGUGCGGAAAGAGUUUUACACAAACAGGAAACCUUCAGUCACACAUGAGAAUUCACACUGGAGAGAAACCUCACGCAUGUCUACAGUGUGGAAAGAGUUUUACAGAUACGAGGAACCUUAGGAGACACAUGAGAAUUCACAAUGGAGAGAAACCUCACGUGUGUCUGCAGUGUGGAAAGAGUUUUACAGAUACGAGUGACCUUGAGAUUCACAUGAGAAUUCACACCGAAGAGAAACCUCACGCAUGCUUAAAGUGUGGAAAGAAUUUUACAAAUACGAGUGACCUUAAGAGACACAUGAGAAUUCACACCGGAGAGAAACCUCACGCAUGUCUGCAGUGUGGAAAGAGUUUUACACGAACAGGAAACCUUCAGUCACACAUGAGAAUUCACACCGGAGAGAAACCUCACGCAUGUCUACAGUGUGGAAAGAGUUUUACAAAUACGAGUGACCUUAAGAGACACAUGAGAAUUCACACUGGAGAGAAACCUCACGCAUGUCUACAGUGUGGAAAGACUUUUACAGACAAAGGAAACCUUCAGUCACACAUGAGAAUUCACACCGGAGAGAAACCUCACGGAUGUCUGCAGUGUGGAAAGAAUUUUACAAAUACAAGUCACCUUAAGAGACACAUGAGAAUUCACACUGAAGAGAAACCUCACGCAUGUCUACAGUGUGGAAAGACUUUUACACGCACAGGAAGCCUUAAGAUUCACAUGAGAAAUCACUCAGGAGACAACUUUUGUAUGUCAUCAGUGUAGUCCGUCUUUUGCAGGCAUUCAGUGUGGAAAGAUUAACAAGUAACCUCAAGAAGCAUACGAGAACUCAGACCAGACUGAAAACUUUCACAGUGAAAAGAACCCAAGAUAACUCUUACUCUUCUAGUUGUGAGUGUCUUUAAUCUGUACUGUAUCAUCAUAAAUGUUUUACAGGAGUCUGCAUGGAAGAAAUGCAUCAGUUCAAGCUUCACUGUAUUUAAGUUCCAGUUGUUUUAAACCGUCUACACUUACAUUCAAGUUUCAA